AACGUGCUGUGUUCUCUAUAUGGUCUCAUUAUGUUCUCCAGUGUGUUAUUGUUGUUCUCUAACGUGCUGUGUUCUCUAUAUGGUCUCAUUAUGUUCUCCAGUGUGUUAUUGUUGUUCUCUAACGUGCUGUGUUCUCUAUAUGGUCUCAUUAUGUUCUCCAGUGUGUUAUUGUUGUUCUCUAACGUGCUGUGUUCUCUCCCCACAGACCAUGUUCGGGAGUUCUCAUGCGGCCGCCUCUACUACCGGACCUUCCAUAUGGACGAGACAAGAGAUACACUUUACGUGGGCGCUAUGGACAAAGUCAUCCGCGUCAACAUGAACAACGUCAGUCAGACCAACUGUGAGACGGACGCCAUUAUGCUGGAGCCGACGAGUGUAUCCAACUGUGUGUCGCGCGGCAAGUCUGAGCACUUCGACUGCCGCAACCACAUCCGGGUGAUCCAGCCCAUGUCGAGGAACCGCUUGUACAUCUGCGGCACCAACGCCCACAACCCUAAGGACCUGGUCAUCUAUGCUAAUUUAACCCACCUGGCACGCCACGAACACGUCCCAGGUAUCGGGUCUGGUGUGGCUAAGUGCCCGUUUGACCCCGUGGACAACAGUACGGCGGUGUGGGUGGAGCGGGGCAACCCGGGUAACCUGCCAGGGCUGUACUCGGGCACGGUGGCGGAGUUCACGAAGGCUGAUACCGUCAUCUUCAGGGCCGAUCUCUACAACUUCACGACCAAGAGGCGAGAGUAUCCCUUCAAGAGGACCAUCAAGUACGACUCCAAGUGGCUCGACAAACCUAACUUCGUGGGGUCGUACGAGGUCGGGGAGUACGUGAUGUUCUUCUUCCGGGAGACGGCGGUGGAGUACAUCAACUGCGGCAAGAACGUGUACUCGAGGGUGGCUCGGGUGUGUAAGAAGGAUACGGGCGGCAAGAACAUCCUGGUGCAGAACUGGGCGACUUAUCUGAAGGCCAGACUCAACUGUUCCAUCCCCGGAGAGUUCCCCUUCUACUUCAACGAGAUUCAGUCGGUGUACAAGAUCCCCGGUGACGACACCCGCUUCUACGCCGUCUUCACUACCAGCAUGAACGGCCUGAUGGGUUCUGCCAUCUGCACCUUCAGCCUUGACGACAUCCAAGACGCCUUUUUGGGCCGCUUCAAGGAGCAGGCCACCUCGUCCUCGGCCUGGCUUCCUGUUCUGACCUCCAAGGUGCCCGAGCCUAGGCCAGGCCAGUGCGUCAACGACACCCAGACGCUGCCAGAUAAUGUAUUGACAUUCUUGCAAUCACACCCUCUCAUGGACGAGGCGGUGGCCCAUGAGCACAACAAACCUGUAUUCUUCAAGAGGGACCUCAUCUUUACCCACCUGGUUGUCGACAAAGUCACGGGAGGAACUUAUGGCCAAGAGAAUACAUACACUGUCUACUAUGCUGGUUCACUGGAAGGUCGCGUGUAUAAGGUGGUCGAGUGGAUGGAUGAUGAGGGCGUCUCACACUCAGAGCUUCUAGAUGUAUAUGAAGUCACCACACCUGAACCCAUCAGAGCUAUACAAAUAUCCAAAAAGCACAAGUCUCUGUAUGUCUCAUCUGACACUCGUGUGCGCCAAGUUGAUCUAUUCAUGUGCCACGGACGUUAUGAUAACUGCCUUCGCUGCUCUCAUGAUCCUUACUGUGGCUGGGACAAGGAUGCUAAUGUGUGCAAGCCAUAUCAGCCUGGCCUGCUGCAAGAUGUUACAGGUUCAACUCCAGGACUUUGUGAUGCUUGUAUUGCUAAGAAGAAGAUGGUAGUGACCUGGGGCCAGAGCAUCCACCUGGGGUGUGCAGUUAAACUUCCACGUCCCAUCUCUCUAAAGGACAUCACUUGGCACCACUACUCAAAGGAUAAGGGCAAAUACCAGAUCAGAUACAGGCCGGACAAGUAUAUAGAGACCUCAGAACAUGGCUUGGUCGUGAUGAAUGUCAAUGAAGCAGAUGCUGGUCGUUAUGACUGCAAGAUGGGAGGAGAUAUUGUGUGUUCAUACAAUAUCACUGUCGAUGCUCACCGUUGUUCAGCACCAGCCCGCACCAAUGACUUUCAGAAGGUGUACAGUGACUGGUGUCAUGAGUUUGAGAAGUACAAACUGGCUAUGAAGACUUGGGAAAGGAAACAAGCACAAUGUGCCAAUAGGAAUAACAUUAGCCAGCAGAACAGCCAUCCCAACGACAUUUAUACCAGGAGUAACCCGUUUGUCUGAUCACGUCCAUUAAAUGAACUCAUCUCAUAAAACCAUAGAGGUAGAUGUGACAGGAACUUUCCUUCCUUGUGAUGGUCAAGAAUUUGCCUGUUUGUAAUUGGUUCAGCACUUGUAAGUUGUAAAUGAUUGAAAAUGAUAUGUUGUGGAAUUUUCUCAAGUAAAAUUGCCAUUAAAUUGAGUUGGCAUGUGACAACAGUUAUAUUAGUUGUAAAAUAAUGGAAAAGGUAAUAUUCAAAGAAUGUUCAAGAUUCAUGUUAUUUGAAAGUUCUCACAUUGAAAGUGUAUUAAUGUGGGAAGGAUUGUACUCAGUGAUGGUGCCACCAGAAGAAAGGUGCUAAUAUCAAUUGGUGCCAGAUGAAAGGAAAUCAUAACCAAAAAAUAAAUGGUUUUGACAGGCAACUUGACCCAAAUACUCCAAUAACAAUCAGGGUACCGUUAGCUAUUUGACAUGUAUUCAGUUUCUUUUUGCCACUCCUGAUAAGAAGUUUUGACUGUGUGAGGGAGUUCUCUAGGUGUAGGUCUUGCUCCCGGACAAUCGCCUUUGGGCAUUAUUGCUUCUGCAUUCUAAGAGCUUGAGUGAGCAGUGGAUCUUAGAACUUCUGGAUUUUAGUUAAAGUGUGAAAGGAUGGACCCAAGAGGUAUGGACUUCCAAACAUAUCCUUACAGGAGGCCACUGUCCCCUAUUAUCGAGUGUGACAAGGACACACUACUUAGUGAUAUAAAUAUGGAUCCCCCCAAACUGAUGGAAUGGUGCAUUUUUAUGGCAAAAAAGGUUCCUGGUAGGCUUUUAGAGUGAUGCUGUUUGUGAAAGGAUAAGGAAAUUAUUUAUUUUCAUUGUGUGGGAAGAGAAGAAAGCAGUGAAGUGAAACUCUGAGUAUUCACUCCACCAGCCCAUGGAAACCUGGUCUUCAAUUGGAAUAUUGUUGAAAUCAUUCUUAAAAUAAUUGCAGUAAUGAAAUCUACCCUUCCUCAGGUUGAAAAGUCCCCUGUUUUGUAUAUUAUUACUGGCAUUUGACAGACCCUUCAUCCUGAUAUUUUGUAAGCAUUUUCUAAACUACCUCUGCCUUUUCAUGAUUGUUAUCAUUAAGAAAUUUAAUGAAGGACUAAGAAGAAAACUAAUAUCAGGAAAUCUCCAUCCACAUACUCAGAAUAUUUUGUGGUUCCAUGAAGAAGAAAUAGGAUCACGUUAAUGGAAGCAUAAUCAGUGAAGGAUGUGUUUAAUCUAAAAAAUAAAAAUCUUUCCAUAGAAUUUCAUAAUUAUAUAUAUCUAAGAAAGUGAAAAAAGAAAAGCUAAAGAAGUAACAUGUUUUGGGAUACUUUAGGGUGAUGUGUGGACAAGACUUCUUUUAUACAGCUAAUUUUUAGACUUGUCUUGUAAUAUACACAUACGUUGGAACAUUCUCUUAAGGUGACCUGUUUUUGUUUAAAAAAUAAUCAUAUCCCCCCCUAGAUUUAAGUACAGUAUUUCCAUUUAUGAAAGCCCAUCCCAUAAUAUUAAAAGAGUCCACUCCAGCCGUCUGUUCAUUCACUAGGAAGCAUUAUACAUGUGGCUAUUAGAUACAAACAUGAACUGCGCACAUGUAUCUUAAUUUUCCGUAGCUCCCCUUUUGAGAAAGUUCCAUUUCACAUGCCGAUCCACGCUAAGAUUUUCGUUUUCUGUCCUGUGAUACGCGCCAAUUUUGUAAGACUCGUACAUAAUAAUAUUGCUCCAUAUAAGCAGGUUAGUAACACUUCAGUGUAAGUAAUGAAAUGUAAAUAUGUGUGUAUCUGCUGUUUAUUUCCUUAGGAAGUAUCAGUUUAUGGCCUGCUACACUUUUGUCUUCAACAUGCUAGAAUGGCUGACCUAACACUUACCUUUCUCUGUUUCUAAGUAAAAAAAAAAAAAAAAAAUGCUCCUUUGCUUAAUUCUCAGUUCAAGGAAGGUUAACCUGAGUAUAUUUUCUCUUCAACAUGACUUACUCUGCACAGAAACCUGUUGGCUAGAGGUUCCCAAAAAUUUUUACUUGUCCAAAAUAGUCAAAAUGUGAACCCUCUUAAGCCAGAUGCAGAAAGUGUAAAUACAGAGCUUGGCAUUUCUAGCAUGGAAAAAGACUACAUCAAUAUGCUUGUUUUGGGUUGUGAAUGAUGGGCUGCAGACUGAACGUGUAACUGACAUGGCACUCGAGAUGUUUGAAUGUUCAUGAAUAUUACUUAAAAGGUACUUUAGUUUUGCUGCUAUUGCAGUAUGUACAGUACAGUAUUUUUAUUGUCAUUUUAGCCACAGCCUAGUUUACAUUUUAAAUUUCCCAUGGAAAGGCUUUUAAUACUUCUCUGCUGUUGUAUGUUUUAUUUAAUAUUAAGUAAGCUUAUCCAUUAGGUGAUUCCCAUUUCAUUUACUUAUGUUAGCUGUUACCUUCAGCUGGGUUAUUUUUCAGAAUAUGAACUGAAAAUUGAGGUUUAAGAUUUGUCUGUAGGCUAUGAUCUAGGAGUUUGUAAUGUGAAAAUAUUCCUGUAAAAUAAAAUUUCUUUUUUAGAAAA